AUAAAUUUUGCGGUCUUAAGGUCACGUGAGAGUGCCCGCGUUGGGCUGCAUAAAGCAGUAGUUGCCUGUUGCAUCGCCAUUUAACGAGCCGAGCCGCUUAGUUGCCCGAGCUGCAAGAGUGUAUUUUUACCAAGUUUUCCGCUCAGCGUUUGUUAAAAGUCAUGGACACAGACGACAGUCAAGGCGCAGGAUGUUCUGCAGACGCCAAAACCACAGACAAAAAUGAACAGCAAACAACGGAAGCAGCAGCGAAGGUGGAAGAAUCGAAGUUCAAGUCCAAGUAUCCGACGAGCACAAGGCCCGGGGGACCCCUACUCUUUCGGAAACGACUGCAGAAAGGACAAAUGUAUUUCGACUCCGGAGACUAUUACAUGGCUAAGGACAAAACCAGGAAAGCGGUUCUGCAGGUGGCCCCAAGUAUCCCCACUAUCCUCCAGAGCCCCACGGGGAAGAUCAUCCCCACAGUGGAGUCAGUGCCAUCGCGCAAUACGUCGCCAGUGCAGAGCAAGCUGGCGUUGGAGCCUUCUUCCGCAGAAGUGUCGAAGAGGAGCACUCUCCACACAGAAGUACCGACUCGCUUGAUGAAGGAAAAGGCAAGGAAGAAGAUCCAGUUCCAGUCGAGAACCUAUAAUUUGCCUUGUGCUACUAGUUUUUCUUUUUUUUUUUUUGCAUUAACUCUUUUUUGGUAGACUCUCAACAUCGCACGUUUUCUAUUGAAUGAUAGUUGGACUCGCACACCGUUCGUAGGUAUGCGCUGGUCUUUGUUUUUAAUUGAUGUCACGAGAUAAGCUUGGUCGAUACUCAGGGUGAUAUUUUUUUCCAUAGCAGUAAGUAUUGCUGGCUCUGUCUUCCACUGUGUAUCGCCCAUCUAUAAAAGGUUUCCCGUUACCUGCUUCCGUGUUCGCAAUACAUUAAAUACUUGCAAUGCUUCUUAUUUUAAAGUGCAUGCAAUCGGAAAAUAUUUCGAAAUGAAGUGUUCACCAAUGCUUACAGCCUGGAAAAUAAACAAGAAAAACUAGUAUGUACAGCUACAUAGUGUGCCAUAA